AUGACGUGUGGCGAGAAGGGUGCUGGCCGUAGCGGUGGCCACGACGGCGAUGACGACGACGGGGAGAGCAGCGUCAGCUCGGGUGCAUUGAGGCGCCGACACAGCUCCGGCAAGGGCAAGUGCUUCAACUGUGGCGUUCGUGGCCACUUCUCGAGGGAGUGCCCCAAGCCAAGGAAGGAGGAGGUGUUGCUCGCCAACGGUGAUGAUGAGGCGACGCUCCUUAAAGCAGCCAACAUACAGGCCGUGUGUGCGGCCGGGGCGUUCGUCACCAUUCUUCUUGUUCCAACACCCCUUACCUGGAAGCAGCGUAUAGAGAUCUGCAUCGCUGUAGCUCGUGGCCUGCACUACCUUCACGAACUACAGAUCAUCCAUGGUGACGUGAAAUCGUUGAACAUCCUGCUGAAUGAGAAAUGUGUUGCCAAGAUUACAGAUCUCUCUCUUUCCAUGUCUGGGCCAUCAAGAGAAGAUACGACAGGGCUCCGCGGAACUGUAGGUUACAUCGAUCCUGAGUACUAUAUGACCUGUCGGAUCUCUGAGAAAUCUGAUGUCUAUUCUUUUGGGGUUGUGUUGUUCGAAGUCCUCUGUGCUCGGCGUGCUGUUGAUUACGAACUCCCAGACGAACAAAAAGCGUUGUCAUGUUGGGCAUUCCGAUGUAAGGAGGUUGGCAAUCUUGAUCAGAUCAUUGACCCAUACCUAAUGGGAAGAACUAACCCGUGGAGUCUCGACAAGUUCGCCGAAACUGUUGAGAAGUGUGUUGCUCUUCAUGGCAUUGACCGUCCGUCCAUGGCUGAUGUGGUUUCGGACUUGGAGUGCGCUCUUCAGUUGCAGGUGAGUGCAGAGGCGAGUGGAGGACUAGCUAGUGGUAGCAUGCCCAACGACGCCAUGGAUUAG